AUGUUGUUUGAUGAUCUGGGAAAUGUAAUUUACUUGAUUACUUUAUACACACUCCAGGGUUUACCAAUUGGUCUGAGUAGUUCUAUACCUUUUAUUUUACAGGGCCGUAUAUCAUAUAAAGAACAAAGUAUUUUUAGUAUGGUAACAUUACCAUUUUCUCUAAAGUUAUUAUGGGCACCUUUAGUUGAUAGUGUAUAUAUUGAAAGAAUUGGACGACGAAAAACUUGGAUUAUCCCAACCCAAUUAUUAUGUAGUAUAUUAAUGAUAGGUGGUAGUUAUUAUCCUUUUUUACCAAAGUGGUUAGGGGAGGGUGAACUUAAUAAUUCAAAAAUUGUACUUUCAGCUUAUAUAAUUCCAUUAUCAUUAUAUUUUUCUAUCUUAUUUUUAUUAAUGGCAACUCAGGAUAUAGCUGUAGAUGCAUGGGCUGUAACAAUGUUAUCUCCUAAAAAUAAAGGAUUAGCAUCUACUUGUAAUGUAAUUGGACAAUCAUUAGGUUAUAUUUUAGCAUAUUUAGGAUUUCUAUUUCUUAAUGAUAUACAUAUAAGCAAUAAAUAUAUUCGUCCAUUAAUAAAUAGGAAUAAUACAUCAUUUGAGAGACCUAUUUGUGAGAUGAGUGAAUUUGUUUUUAUUUGGGGUAUUAUAAUAUUUAUUGUAACUAUAUGUACAGCAGUGAUAAAAAAGGAGGAAUAUUUAGACAAUAAAUAUAAUUAUAUUAGUAAGAUAAAUAAUGAAGUUAAAGAAGAAAGUAUAAUAAAACAAAAUAAAAAAGUGAAGAAAUUAUUAAGUAUUAAACAAGCUUACAUACUUUUAUAUAAGGUUAUCUUACUUCGUCCUGUAAUGCUUUUAAUAUUACUUCUAUCAAUUAUUCGUAUUCCAUUUGCAGUAACAGAUGCCUCAUCAACUUUUAAACUCCUUGAAUAUGGAAUGAGCAAAAGUGAUAUAAUGUUAGUUAGUCCAAUAAUGAUUCCAUUUAGUGUUUUAACCCCAAUAUUUCUUGUAAGAUUUACAAAGCAAAAGCAUCCGCUUAAAAUAAUGAAUUAUAUCUUACCAAUGAAACUAAUUACAUCUAUAAUGUGGUGCGCAUUAUUAAUAUGGUCCCGUUACAUAUUUAAACCAUGGAUUCCUAAGAUCUCCCAAGUAGAAACACCAUUUCCAUUUUAUUUACUAUUUUUGAUAUUAUCUGUAAUAUGUCAUAUAUUAUCUGAUGUUCAUUCAUUGGUAUUUAUGACAUAUUUUAAUAUUAUUGCAGAUACAAAAUAUGCAGGUACUUAUAUCACAUUAUUUAAUACUAUUAGUAAUCUUGGUUAUAAGUGGUCAACUAGUUUUAGUAUCUGGCUUUUAGAUUACACUAAUAUAAGAAUUUGUUCUAAUGAAGACUUUUCAAAUAACUUUAAUAGAACAUCUUGGGAUUAUUCCUCUGAUUUCCUCAGGUAUUCAAUUGGUGAAAAGUGUUCAGUAGAUUCAUAUUUUGUUCAAUCUUCUGUUUGUAUAUUUUUGGGUAUAAUGGGGAUAUUUACUUUAUUUCCACAUAUAUUUAGAAUACUUGAAGAACAUGAACUUAGCGAUUGGACAGUAAAAAUUUAUAAAGAAAUUCCCGAAAUCAAGCAUCCUAUAUUGAAGUCUGAUUUUAUUGUUGAGGAAACGAAGAUAAAUAAAAAGAGAUUUAAAGAGAAGAUGGCAUAA